CUCUCGCCCCCCUCUGCAUCAAAGAGAGAGCAAUCUCUUCCUUCCUCUUCCCUUCCAUUGUACUCCAACACACCCACCACCUUCCAAUCCACACCAGACUCUUUCUUUACUCAUACCAUCUUGACAAUUGACAUCUGCAUACCAAUCCACUCUCUCUCUCUCUCUCUCUCUCUCUCUCUCACCUAACCCCUCUCUCUCCAAAACCCCUCUCUCUCUCAGAUUCAUGUUCCUCAAAAAAACCAAUUCCUCACUACCCAAUUCCCUCUCUUCUCUCCCUUAAUCGCAUUCCAUUUUUGUUUGCAACGAUGCUGGAGACCUCGACGCCGUCGUGGCGAUUCCACCACCACCGCCUCGACAUCAAGAGGUGGAUUACGACCCUCUUCUCGUCCCACAAAACCCUCUUCACCGUCCUCUGGAUUGCCGCCUUCGUAUCGGUAUUCGCGUGGCAGCGCAACAUCGUUGAUGGGUUUUUGAUUUUCCGGUGGGCGGCGCCGGGAAGAGAAAUGCCGAAGCUCCGCCCUGUGGCCUACAAUUUGACGGACUUCGGCGGCGUCGGAGACGGCGUUACGCUCAACACCGCCGCCUUCGAAAGGGCGGUUUCGGCGAUUUCGAAGCUCGGGAAGAGGGGUGGUGGUCAGCUCAACGUUCCGGCUGGGAAUUGGCUUACGGCGCCGUUUAAUCUCACUAGCCAUAUGACUUUGUUCCUAGAUGAAGACGCUGUUAUACUUGGCAUUGAUGAUGAGAAGUACUGGCCUCUCAUGCCUCCAUUACCUUCAUAUGGGAAAGGCAGAGAACGUCCUGGAGCUCGAUAUGGGAGUUUGAUUCAUGGUCAAAAUCUAAAAGAUGUAGUUAUUACAGGGCAUAAUGGUACCAUUAAUGGACAGGGACAAGCAUGGUGGAAGAAGUAUCGACAGAGAAUCCUUAACCACACUAGGGGCCCACUUGUGCAGAUUAUGUGGUCAAGUGACAUUGUGAUUUCUAACAUAACUUUACGUGAUUCUCCUUUUUGGACACUACAUCCAUAUGACUGCAAGAAUGUGACAAUUAGAAAUCUUACAAUUUUGGCUCCCAUCUCUGAAGCUCCCAACACUGAUGGAAUAGAUCCUGAUUCAUGUGAAGAUAUGGUAAUUGAGGACUGUUACAUAAGUGUUGGGGAUGAUGGCAUUGCAAUAAAGAGUGGUUGGGAUCAGUACGGCAUUGCUUAUGGGCGCCCUUCAAAAAAUAUUCUCAUUCGAAACGUUGUUGUCCGCUCUAUGGUCAGUGCUGGCGUAUCGAUAGGCAGUGAGAUGUCUGGCGGGGUGUCAAAUGUCACCGUGGAGAACCUCUACGUUUGGGACUCUAGGCGUGCUGUUCGGAUCAAGACCAGCACUGGAAGAGGGGGUUAUGUUCGACAUAUAACAUACAAGAACUUAACAUUUAAUAAUGUCCGUGUCGGGAUCGUUAUCAAGACAGACUACAACGAACAUCCUGACGAUGACUUUGAUCGCAAGGCUUUCCCAGUGCUCGAGGACAUAAGCUACACUUCGGUUCAUGGUGAAGGAGUUCGUGUGCCUGUUCGCAUCCACGGGAGUGAUGAAAUUCCCGUGAGGGAUGUAACUUUUCGGGAUAUGUCAGUUGGGAUAACAUACAAGAAGAAGCAUAUAUUCCAAUGCGCCUUCAUUAAUGGUCGUGUGAUUGGGACAGUCUUCCCUGCCCCAUGCGAGAACCUUGAUCUGUAUGAUGAACACGAACGGCUUGUUAAGCAAUCGACCUCCCAAAACGUUUCAGAUAUAGAUUAUGAUUUUUGAGAUUAUACCCAUGUGUACUUCUAUAUCAAGCACUUUGGGUUGUUUGCCCAUACCUUUUUUUACUUUUGUUUUUGUUUUUUUGUUUUUUGGCUUUCCUUUCUUCUCGAGUAGCUUUCUUUUUCACAUGGAUUGUAUAUAUUGCACAUGUUGAUGAUCUAAGAUAUUCAUAAGAUUACAAAACAUUCUCAAUUGUGGCAA